AUGUCGACCUGCGGUCCCACGAGUUUUUACAGUACUUGGCAGCACGAUGGCGUUCCUCAACCUCCCAACGAUCCCCCCGAAGAUCACGGUGAUGGCGUAGACAGUGAUGCUAGGCCUGAUCCAGCUAGAGCUCCUCGAGGUGACGAACAUGAUGCUGCACAGGGCUACGCGGCUCCGGGCACUACCUGGGGCAAGUGGAGUGAAGGCCAGCGGUCAAGCUGGUGGGGUCACUCCUGGGGUGAUGCUGAUCCAAACUGGAAUAGAUCUGGGUGGGCUCAGAACUCUGGCAAUGGUCAGCAUUGGGAUCCUCGCUGGCAAGACUGGCGUGGAUGGGGCUCGGCUUCUACAGGAUCCGGAUCAGGAGACGGGAACUGCUACGAUAGGGACUCCAAGGACUCGGGGACCGAGCCCUGGGGACGAUUUGUUUCUGCAGGAGAUUCGCGUGGAAUCCAGGACGGUUCUCAAGUCGGAGGAUGGGGUCCUGCUACUGAUGCUCAAGGCAAAGGGUUCCACGGGAGACCGAGCGAAGGGGGCCGAGGCCCUUCGGAGAAGAUGAUUGUACCGAGUUUCUCCGGCAGCACCGGAGAUCAAGGCGAUGAUAUCGGCACAUCUGCCCGGUCGUACCUACGCCAGGUCUCGGCAUGGCGUCGCAUGACGAGGAUGUCGGUGGACCAACAGGGCUUGACCCUGUAUCAACACCUCACGGACAAGGCGUGGAUCGAUGCAGAACGCUUGGAUGUCGAUAGACUGGCGACCAAGGAAGGUGUGGACUACCUCAUCGCUUGGAUCAAGGACCGAUACCUCGAUGUGCAGGUGACGCAGAUAGGCCGAAGCCUGUCAGGCUUCUUCCGUGGCCUUCAUAGAAAGGCCAACCAGUCGGUGCGGGACUACAUGGCGGAGUUCGACCGAGCAUUCGCCCGAUUGGGCGAAGUGGGAUGCCAUCUACCUGAUGUGGCAGCAGCGUGGGUUUUCGUAGACAGGAUGGGACUUGAGGAGCAAGCGGAGUUGAACCUCUUAGCUUCGGUGGGGAACCAGUACUCGUUGAAGUCAUUGCAGCAAGCAGCUAUCGUACAUGACAGAGGCCUCCGCAAACCUUGGGAAACCCAGAACCGAGCUCCCCGCAAAGAGUGGACCCCGAAGAAAGCUUUCACCGCGAACAUGGCAGCCAUCGAUGAGGAAGGUCCCGAUGGUGGCGCCGAAGACGAGUUCCUCCUGGACCAGGACAGUCAUGACUGUGUUUCGGAAGAUGUUGCGGAAAACCUCUACCAUGCGUACAUGACACAUGAAACGGCCAAGGCCAAAUACCGCGAAAACAUGAAACUUCGAGGAAGCGAUCCCAACUCCUUGAAACAGUUGGCCAUGGACAAGCUCCGCGUGGCUAAGUCGAAGAGCUUCUGUGCAGGAUGUAGACGUAGAGGACAUUGGCACAAAGACGCAGAAUGUCCUUUGAACAAGGGCACCACCAAUGGAAACGGCUCAGGCACUGCUACGACGACCCCGCCGAAGGAGACGGUGAAGCCCAGCUAUCCUUGCCACGUGGUUCAUGUCACGUGGGAGAUCACCGGCGGCUCUCCGCAGGAACUUCUAGCUAUCACAGAUACAGCGUGUUCUCGAUCCGUUGCAGGAGCUGGAUGGAUCGACCUCUACCUGACUGAGGCACGCCGCCUCGGCUGUGAACCUAUGUUCGUGCAGUGCGGAGAAGCUUUUCGUUUCGGGGCUUCAAGGGUUUUCACGGCGACCUACGGUGUGAUCUUGUGUUUCGAGCUCGGGAGCAAGAAGGUCUGUCUUAAAGUCGCAGUCGUCAAUGGUGAAGUUCCACUUCUUGUAUCGAGGCCAGCCUUAGGCAAGAUGGGAAUGAUCAUCGAUGUAGAGAACAAUUCCGCCUCGUUCCGUGUGCUGGAUGUACGCGACAUGGCACUCCAGAUCACCGAUACAGGUCAUCCCGCCUUUCCUGUACAUCCUGCGGUCAUCCCGAAGUCAUCCGCAGCCGCUCCGAAUUGGGAGUCGACUGAGAUCAAGAUCUUCUCGCUGAAUGAGCAAUACAUGGCAUGCACCGCGGGGCUAUCUUCGGUUUCGGAAUUGAGCACUUCAGAAAGUCGGAUUGAUGACAGGGACGUUGGUAACAAAACCAACUUUGAGUACGUGUUCUACCCUAAGAAGAUCGGCAGCGCCGCAAAGAAUCACUUUCUCGAUGAGAAGUUCAAUCCCGAAACCUUCGCAACAUGGUGGUCCGACUUGCUGACGGCCCCGAUGGUUUCGCGACCAAAGACUCUCUCCGAGUUCACGAAGGCCGAGCUGAUCGAGGAAGCCACGGCCCGGAACCUGUGGUUCCAUCCGACGUGGACGGUGACAGAAAUCCGGUCCCUGAUUCAGGAAGACCGGAGGAACCCCUCGGGCAACCACCCAGCGGACGCCGGGAUGAGCAAGCUCACCCUGGAACAGCUGAAGGAGAGAGCCAUGGAGAAAGGGUACCACCUCCCGCCGUACGCCACCAAGGGCACGAUCAUGCGCAUCCUACGAGACCAGGCGGGAAUGGGCCCUCAAUCGAUCCUCACCUUCGGCCGGUUCAAAGGCAAGAUGUUCAAGGAGACUCCGGAGAGCUAUCGCACUUGGGCUCUCAAAGAGGUGACCUCUCACGACAAUCCGUCAGAGGACCUGGUGAUGUUCGCCAACUGGUGGCGCGAGGAGAUGCACCGAUGGAGAGAGUCGCCGAAUCGCAAGGCGACCCCGGACACGGAGAUCUACUUGGACCCCGAGGAGCACGCGACGAUUCCGUACAUCGAGGACGCAACCUCCACCACGUCGUGGGACAUGGUGAACCGCGAGACGGAGUACCCAGGAGCGCUUCCCAAGGCUCUCCCCGGGAGUUCGUCACUACAGGCACCCAGGACACCGCCGAGACGCAGGGGACCCGAAGCAGUGGUGGCACCAACCCCCACGACUAUGGACCAGGACCUGCCGCCGGAUGUGACGGACGAGGUGAAGUACCUGGAGGACUACGACGAGGACUACGACGAGGUGUACUUCGAGUGCGACGAAGAAAAGGCGGACUUCCUCUCGAACCAGGCGCAAGCGACGAAGGGCAAUGAGUACCCCGGGCACGGCGAUGAUGAGGAGACGGACCAGGAGCUGGAUGUGUACGUAGAAGGCAUGAAAGUCCCGGACGUCUUCUACCAGACCAAUAUGAACUCUGGCGGCAGUGGGGACGUAGUCCAACGUGAGCCCCCUGGAGUAAGCAGACGACAACGUGUCCGAGACUGCGAGGAGUGUGCCAAGGACAAGAUGAAGAACAAAGCCUUCGACUACAGCGACCUCCUCACCGUGGUACGCCUUCUUCCUCUUCGCAGAUUACGCACCGGGAAAGCGCUGAAGCGAGGAGGCGGUCUUCCUUUUCACUACUUCAUUGCCGGAAUGUACACCCACGGACCCUUCGUCGGAGUGACCAAGAGCGGGAAGGAGCUUCCAUGGACGAUCAAGUACAUUAACUCCUUUGUUAGGGCCCAAGGUGUGGGGGAGUGGACGUCUUUUGCGAUCUUCCGCAACACGGCGACCGAGUGCCACACCGACACCCACAACAUGGCCGGCACCCACAUCAAGACGGUGAGCUUCGGCGAGUUCACAGGUGGCGAACUGUGGAUUCAUGGAGAAGCUCCAGAAGGGAAGGUCUUCAGCUUCGACGGGAAGGCGCUGCACGCAACGCAACCCUGGGAAGGCGAACGAUGGGCUUUGUCUUGCUACACGACCAGGGGCUACACCAAAGGCACGAUCGAGAUGCGAGAUGAACUACGUGAAUUACGUUUUCCGUUGCGAGGGAUCCCCAUUCACGAUGAGCCAGGACAAUCAAAAGAAGACGCCAAGGAUCGAUCCUACAGGCCACCAAAAAGCAUCAGGAAGGGCCUGUGGAAGAAGGCUUCCAGGUUGGCGGCUUUGACUGCGUGGUGUACGGCGGCGGCUUCUACAUGUGUGUAUGAAGAAUAUCCCCUUGGACGAGGACAAGGAGCUGUUUCUCUUUUCGAGAUUGGUGGUUACGAGAAGACCAUCGAGAUCACGGACCUCGAUUACCUCGUUGCGGAACCCUACGCCUACGACUUCCAUGCUGAGGACAAUCGAUCCGAACUUCACCCACACGUCGUGCGGGAUACCAUCGAGGAAAUGAAACCCGCCGUACUUUGGGUUCACGCCCCGAAGAUCGAGGACCUCCUGCCGGCUAUCUCGGAGCAUCUAUGCACUCAAGUAGAUCGCGGAGGCCAACUUGUCAUUGAGGCUCCUCCUGGGCACCCCUGUUGGACCCGGAAAGAGAUCAAAGACCUACUGGAGCGCUACGACAACCGGUGGAGCCAGCGACGGGGAGAACCUCAUCUCUGGAGGAUCAACGACGAGUACGAGAACACCAUCCACCACGACCCCAAGGAGGACCUCCCUGAGUUCCUCAACUACAUGGUGAAGCAUGAGACCAGAGAAGGGGACGAGGACAAUGAGGAAAAGAUCAAGCGCGGCGGUGAGGGCAUCACCUUUGAGCAGGCCACCAAGAUCGCACCAGAAGUACGUUCCUCGCUCCGACGACUACACCAGAAUUUGGGACACCCCUCCAACACCGACCUCGCGAGACACCUACGCUUGGCAGGGGCAGAUCCUACAGUCGUCGAGGCCACAAAGAAGAUUCGGUGCCAAGUGUGUUCGAGGCACCAACGAGCCGCCUCUGCAAAGCCCGCCAGUUUACCCAAUAUGCUGGAUUUCAACCAACUCGUGGCGGUGGAUGCGUUCUACGUCUACGACGUCAAUGGAGUGAAGGUGGAGCUGAUGAUGGUGGUCGAUGUCGGGACAGGAUUUAUUGCUACGGGCCACCUCCAAGGCCACUCGACGAGCACCAUGGAAGCUUCCUUUUGCUCCAUCUGGAGCAAUACCUUCGGAGCUCCGGGAACUAUGAUCGUUGAUCUCGAAUCCGGGCUUCAAGCCGGACUUGGGAGAUACAGCGAAUGGCAUGGAACCCGGAUCAGGCCGAUCGCCGGACAGGCGCACUGGCAGAACGGAACUGUGGAAAGGGCUAUUAGAACAUGGAAAGAGAUCUGGGUCAAGCUUGUGGACACCCAUUCUGCUACGCAUGAGGAGACCGACAUGGUCGUCACUUCUGUGAACGCGGCUAUGAACACCCUACGUCGGGAUGCUGGUUUCAGUCCUGCACAGGCCGUCUGGGGGAGGAAUCCACAACUACCAGAUGAAGUUCACAACGGACCUCAAGAUGAGCACGUCGAGCACAUUAUCACCCACGAUCCAAUGAGGGCCAGGGAGCAUUCAAUUCGUUCUGCUGCCAAAGAAGCAUAUUUCAGGUGCCACAACGACUCCCGCAUCCGCAAAGGGCUUCUACAACGUUCCAGAGUCGCAGGACCAGACCUACAAAUCGGAUCUCACGUCCUGUUCUACAGGAAGCCUAAGGGAAACAAGAAUUGGGCCUGGCACGGGCCCGGCGUCGUGAUUGGAAAGGAAGGACCUAAUUUGUGGGUCUCCUUCGCCGGGCGAUGCCAUCUCGCUGCUCCGGAACACGUGAGGAUGGCAACCGGGGAGGAAUUGGGAGAAGCUUUCACCUUGAGAGCGACGCAACAUGAUCUACAACGACUUCUGGAACAGGACUUCGCCGACGAGGGCAUCUACGAGCAGGAGGACGAGGAGAUGGAGGAAGAUCCUGUCCUACCCCCGGGAGAUGACGAAGCAGAACCUGAACAGGAACGCGGAGAAGGCAGUCGGAGGAAACAACCUGAGGCUAACCAGCCUCCUGUGGUGAAACGACAUCGUACCAAAGGGCCCCAGGGUCCUUCCCAAGUACCAGCCGCGAACGAGACCUACAUGAUGAAGCUGGCAAAGACUCCCCGUGGAAGGGAGAAGGCCUUGGAGAAGGAAAUCCCCUGGAGCCUCAUACCACCCGAACAGCAGGAGAACUUCCGACAAGCGGAGUGGAAGCAAUGGACGGAACAUGUGGAGCACGACGCACUUGAGCCCCUCUCCGUGACUGAGAGUCGAGAAAUCACCAAGACCAAGCCCGGCCGUAUACUGGGCAGCCGUUUCGCCUACCGUGACAAGCUGUGGUCCAGGAGGAGAGCUCAACCUGAUGUGGGAUGGAAGCCUAAAGCUAGACUGGUGAUCGGGGGCCACCGCGACCCCGACCUUACAGAAGGAUUGGCGACGCACGCACCGACGAUAUCGAGGCAGGGCAUCCACCUUCUAUUCCAGAUCCUCGCAUCGAACUUGUCCAAAGGUUGGAGAGGAUUUGCCGGAGAUGUCACGGCGGCGUUCCUGUGCGGAGAAGACCUGUCCCGUGAGUUGUACUUGAGACAGCCUCGCACUGGACUCGGGAACCUACAUCCAGAGCAGCUCCUGAGGAUCAAGAAGCCCAUUUUCGGGUUGGUGGAUUCCCCAGCUGCGUGGUGGAACAAGUUCCAGAAGGUCGUCAAGAAGCUGCGGAUCCGAGACGAGAACGAUGAGUGGGUGGUCGUGCAGAGCACUUUGGAUCACUGCAUUUUCAUGGUUCAGCGCGUGAGAGGACAUGACGAACAAGGCGAGCUUCUACUCGAUCCGCCUGCGGCCUACCUUGGGGUGCACGUCGACGAUGUUCUACUAGUUGGAGAAGGCGGACUAUGUGAUCUGCUGAAGAAAGAGCUGAGCGCGCAGUUCCCUAUCCAGGCGAGCUACGCGAGUACUAGGCUUUUCGAGAUUGAGACCGCCCAGGAUAUCCCCGACCACUUCGAGGCAACCGAGGUCCAGAAGCACGACAACCAAUCCCUCAUCGGGGCCUUAUCCUGGAUGGCCUGUCAAACUAGACCCGAUCUCCAAGUCGGGGUGAGUAUGAGCCAACAAAGACAGAAAGCCCCCACCGUUGGAGACGUCAAGUUUACCAACCAGUUGGCACGAAGAGCCGCCGAACACCGAGAACAAGGACUCGUCUUCUACCCGGUCGACCUCGACUCUGCAGUGCUCCUCUGCUACCACGACGCCGGGUGGGCUAAUGCACCGCAGUCCCAGGAAGAUCCGUACUACCAGUUGACCACAGAGGAAGACCAACAAGGACUCAUUCUGGACGGCCCCUACGCGAGGAAGGAUGCCAAGACAAAGAAGGCGAACUCCACGAUUGCCUCCCAAUUGGGCGGCGUCUACAUCCUUGCGAACAAGGCGAUCUUGCGAGGCGAGGCCUACCAUGGAAGUAUCCUUGACUGGAAAAGUGGAGCGUGCGAGCGUGUGUGCCGGUCAACCUUCGCGGCUGAAACAAUGGCCUGUUGCAAUGCCACCGAGACGGGCGACUUCAUCACGAGGUUCCUGGAGACCCUCCUCACUGGAAGGUUAGCCAGAAAGACUUCGAGAUUUGAGAUGAGGUUCCUGAGUGACUGUAGGAGCCUGUACGAUCAUCUGACUCGGGAUGGAGUCCCGAGAGUGCCUACAAGCAAGCGCCUAGCUAUCGAUCUUGCCGGAAUUCGCGAAGAUUUGAAGUCGAUAGGGCGUAUUGCAUGGGUGCCGACUGGACUCGGCGGAAGCUGCGGACGAAUGCCAUAUCCCCAGGAUUCUUGA